AUGUCAGACCAGGCAGAAUCCAUUCUGUCCCAGAAAUCGUCAGACUCCGGCCUCCACAUCCAGCUACACCCUCUCGUUCUCCUCACAAUCUCCGACCACAUCACCCGGCAUGCUGCUCGGUCACAGCACGGACCUAUUAUCGGAGCGCUUCUUGGCCAACAAAACGGGCGCCAGAUAACACUCGAACAUGGCUUUGAGUGCGUUGUGGAAAUAGGUCCUAACGGCGAAGCUCAGCUGCCCAAUGAAUGGUUCGUUGAGCGUGUGAAGCAAUUCAAGGAUGUACACAAGUUACCUGCCCUAGACCUUAUCGGUUGGUGGUCGACGGCUCCUCCCUCCGGCCCGACAACAGCGCAUCUCCCAAUUCAUCGCCAGAUCCUCCAGAACCACAAUGAGUCCGCAGUGUUCCUCGCUUUCCACCCUUCUCAGGUCCAGGAGGCGUCCUCAGGUCAAGGGAAACUACCGUUGACGAUUUAUGAGAGUGUGUAUGAGGGAGAGAGCGUUACAGAAAGCGGCAAAGCCAUGCAGGUGGAUGGCGAGGAGCAGUCGUUGAGCAUCAGGUUCAGAGAACUACCAUACACUGUUGAGACCGGAGAGGCGGAGAUGAUUGGUAUUGACACAGUAGCUCGCACGGCCAGGAACGCAGCUGCUAUUGAGACGUCAAUAACCGCUGCAUCUUCGUCUCAGACAGAGUCGAAGAAACAAAAGGAAAAACAGUCGACUGCCACCGAACUCCUUUCACCGGAGGAGGAAGAACUAAUUGCCUCCCUUAACACACGCCUGAACGCUAUCCGAACCCUAGAGUCCCGCAUAUCGCUUAUCAAGUCCUACGUUUCGAGCAUAUCGCCAUCCGGAGAAAGCCAGACGUCCGCAACAAAACCGGAUCCCACGAUUCUUAGAGAUAUCAACUCCCUCUUAUCAAAUCUCUCUCUCCUUACCCCACAUGAACAAAGCGCUUUCGCAGCUGAGACUCUCGCACAAAACAACGACGUCAGCCUUGUAGCCUUGCUAGGUCAACUUAGUCAGAGUAUCAACGGAAUGAGGGAGAUCGGCAAGCGUACAGCCAUUGUGAACAAUGUAAGGCGGAAUCGGAAACAAAUGGGUGGGCAAGGUCCCCGGUACGAGGAUGAUAUCCUGUCGAGGGAUGGUGUUACGCUCGGAUAA